GGGAAGGAUUGGUCGCUAAUCCUGAAUUAAACCAGGCGACAGCAGCAGCAGCAGUAACAACAAGCUAAGACAUUUCCUUUGUAACCAUUUACAAAAAGAAACUGCAGCGUUUCCUGAUUUCUGGCUGGGAUUCCUGGAGCUGUUGUGUUUAAAAAAAAGGGGGGAAGAUCAGUUUGCAGGUGCUGGUUUUCCAUUCCAAGGAGUUAUCGAGGAAAAUGUCAGAGGCUUGAUCCGCUGGGGAAUUCCACAUGUUCCAUGAAGGGCAACAAAUGGGAAUUCUGUUCCUAUCCUUGUGUUGGCGAUCGGCUUGGUUAUGUUCAGGACAUCCGGGGCAUUGAGAAAUGGGAUCUACUACAAACUCCAACUAAUUUCUUGUGGAACUGAAGGAACACUUUCUUCCUGGAGCCUUAUGCUGGACCUUCCCCAACCAUCAAUCCUAGGAAUGGCUUUCCCAAUUCCAAACUCCCCCACACAUUCACUCUGCAAAAUGGAUACCCAAUCUAAUCCAGCUCGUGGAUAAAUGGACUCAUAACCUGGGAGCAAGAUUCUUUGUUUGUUUCGCAUCUUCCAUUGUUUUUUUUGUGUUGUUUUGGUUUUGUUUGAACAUGACCCAUGGAGAGGAGCUUUGCUCUGAGAUGCACCAGGAUUCAGUCGUGUUAACGUACCUCGAGAGUGUCUUAAUGCAUCAAGCCUCCGGGGGCAGUAUGGGCACCCCAUCCACCAAGGGCACCUCCGAGGGGGAAGGUGCUGCUUGCAAAAGCUCCGAUGGGCACGGCAGCGGAGGAGGAGGGGGAGGUGGUGAUGGUGGUGGUGAAGACUUUGCUGCCUCUCCCUCCCAGCAGAGGGCAUCGAAAGCUGCUUCUGCUCUCAACGUGAAGAAGGCCAGGCUCCUGCAAGCUGAAGCCUGUGACAGUGCCAAGCGGAGAAGAGUAGGCGGGCACGGGCUCCAGUCCAAUGACCAAGAUGGCACCGCCAGGCGGGGCGAACUGGGCAAGACGCAGCAGCAGCAACAACAACACAGCACCCUGCUGGCCUCCCUACUGCAGUCGUUCAGCUCCCGGCUGCAGAACGUGGCACUAUCCCAGCACGGGGCUGUCCCCAGGCUGGGCCAGGCACAGACCCCACCCCCGGGCACCCCGCCUGAGGACGACCUGAGGGGCUACGGCCUGGUGUCCAGCCACCUGCGGGCGCUGCUGAAGAGCCGGGAUCCGAGCCGGAGCGAGGAGGCGGACGGAGUGUACCAGAGCCCCCCCGAGCGCACCAGGUUUCCCAGCUCCCCCGCGGCGGAUGGGCGAGGGGCCCCCGGUGAGCCAAUCUCCUGCUCAGCCCGGCUCAGGGCGGUGGCCAGCAUGGUGGAGAAUGGCGCCCGCUCUGACGGUUCGCCCAAGCCCAGCGUGGCGUGCAGCCAACUGGCCUUGCUGCUGUCCAGCGACACUCAGCUGCAGCAAUACACCCGGGAGCACUCGCUGGGCGCCCGCGCCCCUCCCCCCUCCGCCAGCCAGAGGCUCGCGGCCAUCGCCAGCCAGAAGGGGGCCGAGCCUUCGCCCCCGCCCCACGACCAGGCCCGGGACCCACCCUCGAAGGACGGGCGCUGCCGUAGUGCGUCGCGGAGCCACCCGCGAGUCUCCGAGCGAUCGCUGAGGAUGGCGGGUCACACCAGGAGCCCGUCCGGUGCCAGGGAGAAGAGCAUCGCGGGGAGCGAGCGGGACAGGUCACCCCUGUCACCCAACAACAGUGGCGGCAGCAGCCUCCUCAUGCACCUCCUCAACACCAACACCGUCCCCAAGCCUUCGGCCGACGGUGGGACCGAGAGCACCAAUGGUCACCGGUGGCCGGGGGCUGAGAGGAGGGGCGGCCCCUCCUUUGACUACCGUCUGCCGGCCUGGGAGAAGGUGAUAAAGCAGGAGGCUGGUUCCCUGGAGGAGAUGUACAGCAGCGACGAGAGCUCCCGCUCCAGUUGCACGCCCAUGGACCUAUCGACCAAGCCCCGGAUAUGCGAGCCCAUCUCCCUGCACUCCCGCAGCCUGGAGCAGAUGACCGAGUCCCUUCUCUUCAGCUGGAAUCCCAAAGGCCCGAGGGUCCGCAGCCCCGAAGCCAAGGAGGAGCGCAACCGGCCUGAAUCUAGGAGCCAUCAGAAGGUCACUCUCCUCCAACUGCUGCUGGGUCACCAGAACGGAGCGAGAGGGAACCGCACACCUGAACCCCAAGCCCCGGAACGUCCCGGCAGCACGGUGACCGUGUCCGAGACUUUGUCCACUGGUUUGGCUCUUGGCCAGCGGCCACCGGAACACUUCCCUCCUCCUCCUCCUCCUGCUCCCUCCUCCGUCGUCUCCUCCUCCUCCUCCUCCUCCUCCUCCUCCUCCUCUUCUUCGUCUUCCUCGUCCUCCGCGUUGUCUUCGUCCUUCCCAGGGGCAGAGCGAAGCGCCGUGGUGAAGCUGACCCAUAGCCCGCCGGCCGCUCGCCAGCUCCCGGCACUGUGCCACACCAGCGAUGGCACCCACCACCUCCUGGCCCAUCAGGGGAAGCUGGUGGGUGACGGCGAGCCCUCAAGGAACCUUCAACGCUUCCCGCAGCCAUUGGAAACUGCGAAGGGUCACCGGGCCCUGGAACCUCUGCUCCCCUCUGAGUCCGCCAAAGCUCAGCAGUUCCCCAAACGGUUCGUCCCCGGGGAGUUGGCGGCAAAUACUCAGUAUGUCCCACGGCAGUCAUUGGCUGGUGAGAGCCCCCUUUCCAAUUUCUCCUUCAGCGCAAGCAAGCUCCUGCAAGACCUGGCUCAUACCGGCUUCCACAAGUCGCCAGAGACCUCCCAAGCGGACGGGGAGGACAGGAACGCCGGCCUGACCUCGGUGGAGAGUAGGAUGGGUGAGAGCACCGAGAGCCUCCCGUUCAGUCGGUCCGUCAAGCCCCUCUGCUUCCAGCAGUCGGUGCUGCUGGAGCCCAAUGCCAGGAGAGAGAGGCCACCACUCCAGCCCCGCCCAGCGCCCAGCUCUGAUCUUGAGAACCUGCUCGAGAGACGCAGCGUCCUUCAACUCCUGCUGAGGAAUCCCGAGAGGGAAAGGGUCCCAGUGGCCUGCCUGCAGGGGAGGAGAGGGGGCCACCAAGUAUCAGUGGGCCCGCAGCCCCCAGACGCCCAGUGCAACGGGCAAGCGGCUGGCACCAAGCCAAUAUCCAUGGUCAAGGUCAAGACUGAACCCGUUGAAGAGGAUGGGUGCUUCUCCUCCGGUGCCGAACCGGCGGAACAAAGUGCCAAUGGCCAGCCUCUGAUACAAUGCAAGGCAGAGCAGAAAAACCCACCCUUCACGUUGGGCAGUGUGAAGCAAGAGGUGGUGAGCCCAGCUGCACCCUCGGCACAGGCUCAGUGCCACCCCUGUCAGAAAGGGGGCGUCCUGAGCCAACUUCUGCAGCGGGACAACACCUUGACCCCUCUGGGCGGUUACGCCUUCGGCCAGCACCCGCCCGCCAGCGGUCUCUCUGAGGCCCGGGCCCCCACCUCCGGCUCCAGCAGUCCGUGCAGCGUUCCCAAGAAGAGGAAACCCCCACCCAGCUCCCCCAGCCAACCGGACGACCUGCACAAGACUCUCGACCGGAGGGAGGGGCUGAACAGUCAUGGCGCCCCACUCCGAGAGGAUGCCAAUGGCCUGGAUGGCUUUCCGUCCUGCGGAGCCAGGCUGCUGGAUUUCCAACCAGGCAGUGGCUUGGAGCUGGAGUCCCGAAGUAGCAUGAAGGAUCCCCAAGGCUUCAACGUCCUGAAACAGCUCCUCCUGUCCGAGAAUGGCAUCAAAGUGCUGCCCGGGCACAGGACUCUUCACAAUGGUGGCUCUGCCAGUGACCGAGGUUCCCGGCCUGACCGAAGGCUGGGAGGAGACCGCCCCACUCACUUCUACAGCCAGCCCGAGCAGCUCAACGGUCACCAGAAGGAGGCAGCGCUGGCCUUCGAGCCUGCCAGGUACCUCGGGGUCUUGCCCGCUUCCAGCUCGUCUGCACACUACCCGCUGGAAAACUCCACCUCCGUCACCGCCCUGGCACAAUCCCAGCCAGAGCACCGCGCCCCGUCCCUCGGAACGCCAACCGAGCCACCGUGGCUGACCAAGACUAAUCCCAUCCUCUAUUACAUGCUGCAGAGGGGCGGCCUGGGCCUGGUGCCCUCCCGGUCCAGAGCAGGGGAAGGGGGCACCGCCGAGGCUGACAGGAGGAGGAGGCCGCAGCCGGUGGCUCAGAGGGUGGAGCGGCCCAGUGGCGGUGGCGGAGUGCUGCCUGGUCGCCGGACGGUCAAAGCAGAGCCCCCCGAGGACUCUCUGGGUAACCUCCAGGGCCCGGUCCCUGGUAUGCUACGGGAUCAGAAUGAAAUUGCCAGCGGCAUUCUGGAGAAAGUAGCGGCCAUAAAGCGGGAGCCUGAUUGAGUGGACAUUGGGAUGGAGGGGAACGAAAGCAAGAAGACAAUCUUGUCCAUUAGACCAAGUCUUGUGCAAUACAAUCUGGGUCAGCUAGAUAGAAGGACAAAUGCUGCAUAUAUAAUAUAUAUGUAUAAGUGUAUAUAAUAUAGAUAUAUAUGUAUAUCAGCGCUAACAGGCAGCUUGUUGGCUGGCAUGAUUGGAACUUGUAUCUAUUGCCAGGAAUGCCAAGGUAUUGGGAUCCACCAGUUUUUAUAUGGUAAUUUUAUAUAUACACACAUAUGUAUAUGCACACACAUAUAUAUGUACAUAUAUAUAAAAUGAAUAUAAGGAGGAUGUUGCCAUUUGUUUUUGGUUUUGCCCUGUCGUGACCCGUACUGAAAGGCAUGAUAAUCAUGUUCAAGGUGCCAUAGGCGUUAAGUUCCAUGUGCCCCAUUGAGAGCCCUGCCACCACUCUUUGGGGUACUGGCACCAGUUGGUGGCCUCUUAAACAGCCCUUGUUCACCCACAGCUCGCCAACCCCAAUCCCAAGCCCAUCCCUUAUUUUUUUUUCUUUGCACCUGGUCUUCCCGGCAAUGAUGCCACCCGGUCACCGCUUGCCCCUCAUGGGUUAGCCCCUUGCCCUCCACAUAGUGCCAACCCUGUACCAGGAAGUGAGAAAGAAACUGGAUGCCACUUUGUGACAGGCGUUUGAACAUUCUGAUUCCUUUAUUUUUGCUUGGUUCCCCUUCGCUUCGCCCCUUCUCUCUGCACGUAAUGCCUCCACAAACUUUUACCCCUUUUGUAUUUUUAUUCUGAGGUGACAUUGUCAGUCAGAGGCACAAGAUGUUUGUUUUGGUUUUGGUCGUGUGGGGUGGCACAGUGGAUCGACAUGCCGCAAUCUCUCGAUGGCAGUAGCCGUCGGAGGGAAUCUUAAUUUUUUGUGAUUUGAUGUAACGUAAACACAAAAGGUGCCAAGCAGACAAUCAGUCAAUUCAAAUGAGCUGGUUUUGUUUUGUUCACACUGCAACACCAGGUUAAUGUCUGUUCUGAGCAAGGUCAUACUUCUCACUAGUAAUUUCCUCCACUGGAAAUUUUAACUUGCCCUCUGUAGCCAGGGGCUGUUCUUCUCCCCUUACUGUAGUGUAAAUUGUAUGUAAAAAGUGUGUGUAUAUGUGUGUGUACACACACACAGACACAGUGCGUGUCCGUAUGUUGGAUGGGGGAAGAUGCCUAUUUUGUGUUGCAUGUAUCUGCAUUUGCAAGUGUUUAAAAUAUUGUAUAGUUAUAUAUGCAUAUUUUGUCCAAAUCUAUUGUUAAAAGAAAUAGAAGACUAAUCCCUCUAACUCUACGAACCGCAUGGAAUGAAAAGCAUGUGGAAUCCCUAUGCACAAAAAAAAGAUGUGAUGUGUUUAUUAAAAAAAAAAGAAGAGAUAGAAAGAGAAUUUAAUGUCUUAAUAAUCGAACUUUAACUUACUUGAUCAGUCUGUGUACAUUGUGUGUACAUUGUCUGUACCUGUGUGGCCUGUCACUGAAGAAGUGGAUAGCAGGGUAUAUUCCAAAAGUUAAUCGUCCUUUUCCCUUAAGUGUUUCGAGCAACAUUCACUCCCGGAAUCCGAUGACUUUGUCCCGUCCUAUUUCUCCGCCACCAGCUCUCUCAAGUGGGUGGGCCUAUUUAUUUAUGUUUGUUUUUUUCUUUUCAUUUAAAAGUGAAGAUCUUGGCGAUCCAAGCUCCCUUUGCUCUCGACCACACGAUUCUUCCGUUCAACUGAACACUUGGUUUUCGUGGGAGUCCGUGUUUGACGUUUUGUUUUUGUCUUUUGCAUAAAACUGCGGUUGGAAUUCUGGCUGAGGAUUUUGAGUUGGUAUUCUGCGGCCUGCAGCUUCCUAGGACAGCUCAGAUAAAAGACUAAGUGGCUUGCUACGGAGUAUGAUACCUGGCUGUCGUUUUGACACCGCUUUUGACGUGGCGGAUUUAAUUUCACCAAACCAGCAGGAAUCAGGCGACGGAGGAGGCAGAGGAAUAGGCAUUGGGGACCAACUGGUUAGACCAGCAAGGGUCAGGAUUCUGGCUCAGGAAGGCAAGCGAGGAGUCAGGGGCACAGGAAAAUCAGGGCAGUGCAUCUCAGACCACAUGCAGUGGGGCUUCAUGGCUUGGGGGAGCUGCUGGAAAUCACGACUUUGGGAGAGGGGGCCAGCAGACGUCAGGGCAAGUGAGAACAGCAAAGAGUCAUUGUACACACUUCCAAGUCUGGGAGUUGAGGCUAUGAGGGCUUCACGCAAAGAUUUCUCCUCUGGGCAAUUUUAACGGCACCGCAAUAUCACGGACUGUCAAAACUCCCAUUGUCCUCCUGCUCCAACUAAGAUUUUGUGUAGGUACGAGACUUCCUUAGGUGAUUAAUUAUUUGUUUCCAAUCCCAGCUUUCGCGGGAUGUUGCAAUGUAACCCCCCCGCCCUUUUUUUUAAGGUGAGUACUUUCCGACAAUAAAUGGCAACGCUCCAAUUAUUUACCCAGGGGUAACAAUUCUUCCACAUGACAGUUACCCUUGAGCCUCUGAGAAAAUAUUCCAGUUGCCAAUCCAGGUGAAAGUUGAGAGACGAGUGCCAUUUCUCAGUUUUGUUUUGACAAAAAUGAAUUCAGUUUUGUGUAAAUAUGAAGAAUUUGGUUUCUUUUUGUUGAAAAAGAAUGCACUGUAAACGAUGGGAAAUAUUAGAUUUUUUAAAAAUAAUAUUUCAGUACAAAUAGUAUUUUGGGUUUAUUUGGUCUUUUAGAAGAUGUUAUGCCUGAUCUAAUGCAAACUGUGAGAACUGUACCAGUUUCUUUUGUACUCUGCAAAAAAAUGAAUAAACUUUGGAAUGAGA